CAGCCUUCCCGGAACGGGGCAGGGAGGGGACAGCGGCGGGCGGGUGAUCCGGACUCAGAGCGCAGACCCAGAUCCGAAAUUGACCUUGCGGGUACCUCGCGCAGGGGCUGCUUUUCCAAGAGCCAACACCUGCUUCUCACCAUUGCCGGUUCACCCGUGGCCGCUGGAAGAAGCUAGGCUCCUGCCUCCGUUGAGACAAUGGCUUCCUCGGGGUCCCAGACAAAGAAAGGUGACAAUCACAGUGACCACCUCGUACAACCCACCAACCCAAAUGUAGCAGCAAUGAAAGAAGAUGUCCUCUACCAUUUCAGUCUCAGCACCAGCACACACGACUUCCCCAUGAUGUUCGGAGAUGUGAAGUUUGUGUGUAUUGGGGGAAGCCCUACCCGGAUGGAGGCCUUCGCCAAAUACAUGGCCAAGGAGCUGGGCCUCGACCACCCAGGUGCAGAGUAUCCCAACAUCUGCAAGGGGACGGACCGCUACGCCAUGUUCAAAGUGGGCCCCGUGCUGUCUGUCAGCCACGGCAUCGGCAUCCCGUCCACCUCCAUCAUGCUGCACGAGCUCAUCAAGCUGCUGUACCACUCCCGCUGCUCCGACGUCACCGUCAUCCGCAUCGGCACGUCCGGCGGCAUCGGUCUGAAGCCUGGCUCCGUGGUCAUCACCCAGCAGGCGGUGGACGCCUCUUUCAAGCCGGUGUUCGAGCAGAUGGUGCUGGGGAAGCCAGUGGUUCAGAGGACGCGUCUGGACGAGAAGGUGGCGCAGGAGCUCAUGCAGUGCGCUUUGGAACUGCUCACGUUCCCCACGGUCCUGGGGAACACCAUGUGCACCUCAGAUUUCUAUGAAGGGCAAGGCCGUCUGGACGGCGCUCUCUGCUCCUACACGGAGAAGGACAAGCAGAAGUACUUGAAGGAGGCCCAGGCGGCGGGCGUCUGCAACAUCGAGAUGGAGUCCUCGGUUGUGGCCGCCAUAUGUGGCGCGUGUAACAUCCCAGCGGCCGUGGUGUGUGUCACUCUGCUCGACCGCCUGGAGGGCGACCAGAUCAGCAGCCCCCACGAGGUGCUGGUCGAGUACCAGGAGCGGCCACAGCGCCUGGUGAGCCACUUCAUCAAGAAGCGCCUGGCCGCCGCCCAGAGCCCCUGAGGCUGGAAGGUGCAGGUCGUCGUGGCCGCAGACGGUCACCGUC